UAUUUUGUGCUCCCAGAUCCAAAAUCCGCGCCAAUGAAGGUCCAACAGAUCCUAGUCCCCAAGACAGCUCCGAGGAGCAAGCUCAGACCCUCGAAUACCUUUGACUCGGCCUUUUACAUCCACCCUCACAUUGCCCCGGAUCAGGAUCCCUGCAAGGGCCGACUGCUCCGUGCUUCAGCCGCCGUCCGGGAGGGCACGGUUCUCCUCAUUGACACACCCUAUGCUAUCGUGCCUUCAGUGAAUUCUGACAAGGAAGACCUCAUUUGCAGCAAUCUCUCGUGUUCGCGACGUGUGCCCCGGGACGGACAUGGUGUCCGGUGUCACCGGAAUUGCUUCCAGGAUGUUGUGUGGUGCAAUACUGCCUGUCGAGCUGCCGACCACGUUCGACAUGGCUUCGAGUGCCUGUGGCUGAAGGAGAAGGGAGAACUCAUCCGUGACCGGGAGGGCCAGUACAAUUUCGUCACCAUCUGGCACGUUGUGCGUCUGCUUGCUACGUGGAACAUGGAACUGAAGAGUGGUGCCUCAAUAUCCCGCCAUCGAUAUCCCAGGGACGACCAAUUCAGCCGUGGCUGGAAAGCUGUCGAGAUGUGCUGUUCAUACCUCGACUCGUGGCCAGAGUCGCAAAUCAACCACUGGAAGAGACUGGCCGAGGAGUAUCUAAGUGAUGCAUCAGUGCUGCCGUGUGUCCUGAGUCCUGAUGAGAUGCUGUCGCUCAUUUGCAAGGAGGAAACCAACACCUUUGGACUCUACCCAAAGGUGACAGGCCCUCUGUACAUGAUUGAUCGUCCUACUGCGAGAGGAGAUUCGUAUGGGUUGAGCUUGUACCCUCGGGCUGCAAUGUUCAACCAUUCUUGUCUACCUAAUGUCACACACAAGCCUGAUGCCCAAGGACGAAUGGUCUAUACCGCCGCGCGUGAUAUUGCCAAGGGUGAAGAGUGUAUGAUCACCUACUUUGACCUCACGGCGCAUGAGGACGUUGCAAGUCGACAGAAGCAUGUGCAAGAGCAGUUCCAGUUCAAAUGCACUUGUGAGAGGUGCUUAAGUGAAGAGGCAGAGGAAAAUUUGGAAAACAUGGACUGUUUACCUUUUGGAUUCUGA